AUGAUCCAAUUUAUUCUAGCUCGGACUGUUUCAUCACUAUGCAACUGCGUGUCAUUUUUAUCUGGUGGUCCUAGAACAAAUGUAGGUUUGCACUAUCGUGGUAUAAACAAGUCUAAGAAUGACCGUACGGAAUAUGAAAUUGAUUCUCUACUAGUAGAUGAUGAUUUUGUGGAUGAAUUGGUAGCAACACCCCUUUCUGCAGAGGAAAUUGCAGCCAAACUGGCAACAAGAAAUAGUAAACAACACAAUAAUAUGUGGAGUGGUGGAAUUGAAAAUAAUGGGAUGAUUAAUGAGACAGAUGCAGAUCUUUCAUAUGUUUCUUAUGGAGAAAAUAUAUUACAUGACUCUAACCAACAUUAUGGUAGUAAUUUUAAAAAUAAUCGGGACAAAUUAAUGGACAACCAAGCAAAUUGGUGGUCCAAGAAUGAACAAGAGGAGAUUUCUAGAUUGCAUCCUCCAUUAUUUAUAGGUAGAAGAAAUGAUGAAGGUAUAAAUAAUGCUAGUAUUGAUGGGGGUAAUUAUAAUGACAUCAAUCUGAUUGAUGAAACUUUAGAUAUUACCUCCUUUAGAAUUAAAUACAAUUCUAAAUAUGUUGGAGGUGAGAAGCAUUUGAAUGAUUUAUUUUCUAUUGGAAAUGAUGAAUGGGAAAAUUCUUCAGAAAUUCCCAACGAUGAACAUCAAUCAAAUCAGAAAGUUCCUAUAGAUAUGAAUCAAGAUGUACUUGUUGAAAAUGUGGCACUUUCUGAUUGGUACUCUUCAUAUAAUGAUAAAAUUCGUCAUAGUACUUAUGAGUCUACUAAAUAUAAAGAUAGCAAAUUACAAGCAUACAAUGAAAGUGAAGAGAUUUAUGAAAACCGAAUUGAUGGUAAUUCUUCACCACUUCUAGCUAAAACAAAUGUCCCUAGCUUAAUUAAUACUAGUAAAGAUGAUAAUGUCCAUCAUGUUAGUGAGAUUUACUUAGAUAGUCAAAAUACUGCUCAGAAAUACAAAAAAGAAGGUUUCCUUUUCAAUUUGUCACAGGAUAGUGAAGUUACUUUACAAUCAAAUUUUAUUAGUCCACUUAUUUCAAUAAAUAAUUCUGAACCUUCAAAGUCAUCUAUUGACCACUCCUUAAAUAACAAUGACACUACAGGAAAUUAUCAGGAUCUUAGAACAGAUAUUUUAUUUGAUGAUGAAUUUAAUGAUUUUCUUGGUGUAAAUUCACCAGAUUUCAGCUCAAAUAAUACUAAUUCAGAUAUAUCUGGUAUAAAAAGAAAAGAUAUAUUAUGCAAUAAUGACAUUGAUAGAGAUAUUUCAGUAUGCGAACCUAAAGUAGAAUAUAAUGAAAAUGUACAAAUUUAUAGAGAAAGUAAGCAAAGGAACAGUUAUUUACCAGAAAGAUUGCAAAUCUCCUGUAAUUUAGAUGUAAAAGAUGAUACAUCGGAAUUGGAAUAUAAAUCCAGCCAAGGUCUAGAUAAAAAUAAUAGCUACUUAAAUAUAGAUAGUAACUUUAAAGGUAAAAUGUCUAAUGACACGCAAAUAUUAAACCCUAGUGAUAAAAGGAGUAAAUCUAUUCAAUCAAAUCAAUCAGUAUUCUCAAAAAUAUCCGACACUUCAAAUGGUUAUCAUGACGAUAUAUCUCUUAAUUUAAUCCCAACUAUUCCUAAUAUAUCUAUAGAUAAUAGUGAUAUUUCUAGUAUACCAAUAAAAUAUAAAUAUGACUCACAUUUAAAUAGAAAUGAAGAUCUUCUAAAUUAUGGUCAUAACCAACUCAUUGACUUUGAAGAAAGUCCUCCAUCUCCUAAUUAUACGACAGUAAAUGUAGAAUAUAUCUAUAAAAACAGUUCAAUUGAAGGUACUAAAGGUAAUAAAGGUUUUCAAACUGAAAAUGAUAUCUCCUCAUCAAUAAAAUUCGAAGAAUCCUUCGAUUUAUUGGAUUUUGUAUCUGCUUCUGGAGAAUAUUCAGUGAACAAAGAAAAACCCUCUAUAGAUCCCAUAUAUAAUAUCAAAGAUAAUACAGCAAUUUGA